GGUGGCUCCAUCGUAAUAAAUCAGCCACUCGGGUGGCAUUUCCUCAUCUCUUCUUCUAUAUAAUGAACCGCAAGGCCAAGCCAGCGUCAAAAAAGGCGUCAUAUUGUUUCCGUAGUGGUGCUGGUGGGUUUAUACCGCUUCAAUUUCCGUCUUUUUCUCCUCCUUUUAUUGAGAGGAAGAGAAAAGGAGCGAGGGAGAGAGGGCGAUCGGAUCUGUCGAGGUCGGUUUCUUCUUUCGACCUUCUCUUUCUUUUGGGAAAAAGUAGUCGAUUAGAAUUCGUGCCUUUUGUUUGUUUGGAUUGAUCGAUCGGAAGGGAGAAAGAAGAGGCAGGACGAUGGCGGAGGAACAGCGAUGCCAGGAUGGCCACCGGCUGUGCGCCAACAACUGCGGCUUCUUCGGGAGCCCCGCCACCCUCAACCUCUGCUCCAAGUGUUACCGCGACCUCCGCCUCAAGGAGGAGCAGGCCGCCUCCGCCAUGAUCGCGGUCGAGAGAUCCCUCUCCCCGCCGCCGCCCUCUGCCGCCGCCUCCUCGGCCGUCGCCGCUCCUCCGUCCUCCUCCUGUGGCCCGAUCGCCGUAACUGUCCCUCCGGAGGGGCCUUCAGGGAGCGCCGCGGCAUCGGUGGCGGCGGCCGGUGCAGAGGCGCCGCCGGCGCGACGGCCGAACCGGUGCGCGUCGUGCCGGAAGAGGGUGGGGCUGACGGGGUUCCCGUGCCGAUGCGGGGCGACCUACUGCGGGGAGCACCGGUACCCGGAGCGGCACGCGUGUUCCUUCGAUUACAAGGCGGCGGGCCGGGAGGCCAUCGCGCUCGCCAACCCCAUCGUCAAGGCCGACAAGCUGCGCAAGAUCUAAGCCGGCGCCGUCUCUCCGCGUCGUAUAAGAGAUGGGCAUGACGGUGUCCGCAGUUGCCGUUGCCGGCGAACGAUGCAUCCCUACAACUUGUAUUGGAAUCAUGUCCAUCGACUCUCUGCUUCACUCUCCAUCUCGCCCUCUUCGGUUAAUAAAGCUUGAUGAAUUGAUCC